AGAGAUCGGUCCGCCGCUGCUGCACGGCAGUCUUGUCUCCGGAGCCUCGUACGAGAGACUUGAACGACCGGCGCCGCGCUACUCGAGCCAGUCGGACAUCGUACGCCGUUAAUGCGCGAGUUCUCACCGCCGCGAGUCUGUAGUGUGAUGUGUAAUAACUUUUACGAUCGAACGAUCGAUUUUGCGUACGUUCAGCGAUGAAUUUUGACUGUCAUUUGCAGUGAAUAAGUGUUUUGUUUUCCGCAUCAGAUAUAGACUUUUUUUUUAAAUCGAUUUUAUUUUAUUCCCACACUUCGUGGAAAUGGCUGAGUUCGACGCGAACAACAACAGUGCGCUGCCGUUACCGGAAAAAGCGCAGGAAAAAUACUCAUUACGACCCAGGGCGUCGUUGAAACGCGAAGAACCUGACGAGGAUCACGAAGACAGUUGGAAACCAUCAACUCGCGGUCGGUCCACCAAACGGCGCCAAAAACCUAAGCCCCUCAGCAGGUAUCGGAGGAAGACAGCGAACGCACGCGAGAGGAGUCGCAUGCGGGAGAUCAACGAGGCGUUCGAAGCGCUCCGCCGUGCCGUUCCUCACCUGGCGGUGGAAGCACACAACGAGAAGCUGACCAAGAUUACCACGCUCCGGCUGGCCAUGAAGUACAUUUCAGCUCUCAGCGGACUCUUGACCGCGGCGCCCGGCGCCCAGUCCUCGUCAUCGCCGACCACUGCCGCCGAGGCCGCGGCGGCUACAGCUAUAGCCGCGGCCACGACCACCAUCUGCGGCGGCAGCAUUGGUGGCGGUGGAGGACUCGUCGGGACAGCAGCGAUGUCGUCGUCUUCGGCACCGCUGCCGAUUACCACCGACCACUUGGCCGCGCUUGGCUGCUGUCUGUCGCCUUCGACGUCCGACGACGUGGACUCGCUGCUCAGCGAGUACGCAUCUGACUUACUCUGCGGCGGCGGCGGCGGUAGCGAGUGCUCCUCCGCUGCGUCCACCGUCGGGUUCCUCGCCGAUCACCACCAUCACCAUCAUUCGGCCGCGUUCCUGCGUGACUUGCCGGGCGCGGCCGCGACUUAUUCGCUGUCCCCGUCGUCGUGCUCCACGUCGGCCACCGACGUCGUCGGUUUCCCGUCGCCGCUUCUGUCCGCUGACUUCCCGGUGGACGUGGCCGCGGCGUUCAUGCCGUUCGCCGACCACCCCCUACCGCCAAUCGACUUCAACGGUGACCCGUACAUGUUCGAAGACAACUUCGCGUGCACCGAGUUUAGCUAGACCUCGCACUGUGUCACGGUCGGUUGUCGUCAAGGUGCCAUAUAUUUACGACAUAUACUUACAUAUUAUACGUGUUCGGUGUACAUUUUUUUAAACAUUUUUUUUUGUACGUCUCCCGAGAUUUUGCGAGAAAAAUGUGUCGAAUUUCUUUUCCAUCGAAAAAAUAUGAUAUAUUUGAUGUUUUGACGUAUUGUCGUUUGUAUUGUAGCGUCGCUUACUCCCGUCAUGGCUGGAUGUAAGUCGACCGUCAAUUUAAUACGUGUACAAAUAUUUUCCCUUCGAUUUUCUCUCAAAUAUAUUUUCAACUGUGAUAUACUGUUCCCUCGUACUACGUGGCGGCGGCCGUCGAUUUCGACAACUCCACCCCUCCCAAUAACCCGCCCAUACUCUUGCCAGUAAAUCGGUACGCGCGCUGUAAUGACAUUGUGUGUGCGUGUGCGCUCCUUAGUAAAUUAUUCUAUUUGUUUUAAAUGAAACGUGUACGUCUAUUCCAUCCGAUUAAUAAUAAUAAUAAAAAAAACCGAUCUAACGUUUUUAAAUCCGACUGGUGAAACUGGUUAUUAUUUAUUCUAUAUAUAUAGACAUAUAGUGUAUAUAAUAUAUCUAUUUUUUCUUUUGGAUCCUUUCCUUGGCUCUCUUGUACAUAAUAUUUUACACUUUAUAUACGUCCCGGAACCAUAUAACAAUCUCUACGCAUAUCGUCGUAUAAUCGCGAUUUAAAAAAAAACCUAAAUACUUCUUUUCGAUUUGUCAUUGUUUUCACGUGCGACGAAAAAAAAUAAUAAGAUAAACGGGUUUAUUCGAUUAGGUUUUUCGAUCGAUUUCGCGAUUGUCUUGAUUAUAGAUCGUAUUUAUAAACAUUGCACGGGAAGCAUUGCGGUAUACUGGUGAUAUCCGCGUAAUUUUUACAGUUGAUGUUUUAUAUUGAUGGCCAAUCUGUCCUGGACGAAUAAGCAAAUCAACUCAUCCGACCUCCCGUCGAGACUAAACAAAAUAACCGACGUGCUCGUAGACGUGUUUAAAUAUUGGCUUAGGAUAAUAUAUUUUAUUCCAAUAUAUUCUAGGCACACACAUACACACACUCAGACUAUGAGAUCUGACACCUUUUUAUUUUUUACCAUUUGUUAUGUGCAGCUUCACGAUGACGUGCGCACGUAAUAUACUGUUCUCGCGUCCGCGCGCUCAUGUAUGGUGUUGCACUUCGAUUUUUCCCAUUUCUCUGAAACUUAUUGGAUAGUACGCAUUGCACACUGAUGGAUAUCCUUACGUGUGCUGUACCCGAUAAAAAACGGGUAUUUCGGUUUUUUUUUCUAUUGUAUUUUUGUUACCUUUAGCGUUAUGACGUCGUUUAGUGUUGUAAUUAUAUACUAUAUAUAUAUGUGUGUUGAAGAUAAUUUAUACGCAUAUAAUGAUAUAUUUGUACGUUAAGUUUUGUAAAUUAAAAUAAUAUUAUAUACUUGUACAUAAAAUUGAUUUAUUAUGAUCAUAUUAUUAUUUUUCAAUAAAUUAUUCGUAUUUUUAAUA